AUAUAUACUACUAAGAUAGAAGGGAUGCCAGGCUUUGGUAGUCGUUGAAUGUAGUUUGAAUAUAAGAAAUGCAUUUAUGAUUGUGUAUCAUGUCGGAACAAACUUCAUUUGACAAAGGGAGCCUUCAGAAACAAAAACGUUUCGGAACAUUUGGAAACGUGUUCUCAUUUGGUAAUAGCGCUCCGGACCCCGUCGUCUCCGAACCAACUGAUUCAGUUGUGAACACAUCUGCGAGCGAUCAACCGCGACAGGCGUGGGGCAGCCAGAUAGAGUUUAUCUUGACCUGUGUAGGAUACGCUGUGGGCCUUGGCAACGUCUGGAGGUUUCCAUAUCUGUGUUUUAAAAACGGCGGAGGUGCCUUUCUGAUUCCAUAUGUCAUCUGCCUCCUAUUGGUUGGAAUUCCUAUAUUUUACCUCGAGCUAAGCUUAGGACAGUUUGCAAGUCUUGGACCCUUAAAAGUAUGGACCAUCAAUCCUGCACUCAAAGGUCUUGGUAUGUGUUUGGUCAUCAUUCCCGCCAUGAUCUCAAUUUAUUACAACGUCGUCAUCGCGUAUUGCAUCUACUACUUCUUUGCAUCGAUGACGUCGGCACUUCCGUGGGUUACAUGUGACAAUAGCUGGAACACGUGUGACUGUCACGAUAGCACCCUAAAUAUGUCCUUGGCAGACCCCUGGCAAGGAUCAAGGCCAGAGUGUUUAAACUAUACAAGCAAUACGACGACCAGUGCAAGUGAAGAGUACUUCUUCGAGAAGGUUUUAGGAAGGUCAGGCGGAAUUGGUGAGCCGGGAAACGUGAAAUGGGAUGUCAUGCUUUGUAACCUAUUGGGAUGGUUUAUUGUCUUCCUAGUCCUGUCAAAAGGUAUCCAGUCUCUGGGAAAGGUGGUAUAUUUCUCGGCCAUCUUUCCGUAUGUACUGCUGACGGUCCUUCUAGUCCGUGGACUCACACUUGAUGGCUACUACGACGGGAUCAUGUUCUACAUUACACCCGACUGGGACAAAGUCGCAAACGCUAAUGUAUGGAGUGACGCUGCCACACAGAUCUUCUUCUCACUCAGCGCAUGUCAGGGAGGACUUAUAGCUAUGGCCAGUUACAAUAAGUUCACAAAUCUUACCUUAAGGGAUGCUUUGCUCGUGCCGGUAAUCAACUGUUUAACCAGUUUUUACGCCGGGUUUGCCAUUUUUUCCGUACUUGGAUUCAUGGCAUACUCGAAGGGUGUGUCUGUGGAAGAUGUCGCUACCGGUGGUCCAGGUCUAGUAUUCAUUGUGUACCCAGAAGGCCUCUCACAGAUGCCAGUUCCUACAUUAUGGGCCAUCCUCUUCUUCUUCAUGAUGAUGACUCUUGGCUUCAGUUCUCAGUUUUCUAUUGUGGAAGCUGUCAUUACCGGUCUCAUGGAUCAGUUUAGCAAUAUCUUAAACACAAAAUGGCGAAAGAUUGGUUUCCGGUUUUUGAUAUGCCUCACUGGAUUUUUGCUCGGACUGCCCAUGGUCACAGAGGGAGGCUACUACAUGUUUGAGAUGACAGACCAUUUCAUCAGUGGGUUUCCUAUGUUAUUCAUCGGACUUGCUGAGCUCAUUGCCAUCAACUUCAUUUACGGAUUUUGGAAUUUCAAACAGGAUAUUGAAAUGAUGCUUGGGCAAAACACUUGUAUCACGAUAAGCUUUUUGUUCUUUGGAAUCAUGUGGUGUUUUGUUUCCCCUAUUUGUUUGGCGGCUGUUAUAGUAGCGAAGUGUAUCGACUACGAGAAAUUUGUGUCUGACGGAUACGUGUACCCAGACUGGGCUCAGGCGAUUGGCUGGUUGAUUGUAGCAGGCGCUCUAUGUUUUAUGCCUAUCUGGUACAUCAUCUACAUGUGCAAGAAUGGGCUAUUCACGCUCUGUAAACGAGUAAAUACCCCAACCAGAGCAUGGGGUCCAGCGCUUCCUGAAAACAGAACCGGCCCGAGAUAUUCUCAAACAGUCGAAGUUACCCCUGUCAUCGAUAUGGAUGUCGAAGGCGGUUUAUAUAGACCAAAAGGCAAAGUCAUAUCAUACGAACCCGGCGAGCCUCGCGGAUAUGCAAAUGGUAACUACAGCCAAACAAACACUGUACCUUCUGCACCUGAUCUGCAAAAUGGAGGACUAGAGCCCUCAUACGAGCAUGGCUAUAUUAACAGUACCUUCUCCCAUCCAGACGAAUCUGGAAAGAAGGACGACUCAACAAAAUUUUGAAACAGCCAACGUUUGUGACCAGAAAUGUUUGUGACGCACAAUGUUUUCGUUCCACUACCUCUUCCUAUGUGAGACAUCAUGCUAUCAUCAUUUGCUAAAUAUCAAACGAUGAAGAUCACCUCCGCUCCAAAUUGAUGUACUUGAUAGGUAAAUAAUGAACGUAUCCAUAUACUAAUCAGGUGGUCCAAUUAUAUACAGUGUAUCUAGAUAUCAUGAACAUGUUCUGCCCUGAUAAUUCGAAAGGAUAAAGCCGUAAAAUGUAUUAGGGUGUUUGCAGAAAAUUAUGAAACAUUAGAACAUAUCUGAUCUUUUAUCUAUUCCAAAAUGUUGAGACAGUUACAACAUGUACUCAUACUUGGAAGUGAGAAUGUUAAAUAUUUCAUAAUUGUUUUGGUAAAAACACAUUCAUUGUUUAGUGGUAUGUGUUUCCUAUCCAUCUUACCAGAAAGGUGUUGAGGGCCUAAUUUCCCGAAUAAUUGCAAUUGUGCAAAUUCGUGCUAGCGCUAUUGAUAUAGUAUACACCUGAUACAAAACGUAUACAACGUGUUUAUGGUGGUUUCGUAUACAAAGUAGCUCAGGACCUCAACCAACUUUGUUUACCUAACAAGAUUAGACAAAUAAGUACAUAGUCACUAAUAUAAAAAGAAAAUAGAAAUACAGCCAAUGUAAAUGAGGAAUAGCAUGAAGAGUAAAUAACAGAUACUCUUACAGGACUUUGUGUGAUGCUAGUAUUCUUAUGAAUUGAAGAAUUAACUGGUUACAAAGCGUAAACCUCUUCAUAAUCGCAAUAAACAAACGCAAACGCAUUUCCAUGCCACAAAGUUGUUAUAUAUAUAUAUCAACAUUGUGUAAGAUCUCAUCGGGGGAACUGCUACAUAGUCUUGACGUCUACGUAAUAAUGUCGCUUAUCCAUUAUCUCAUAUAUGAUACAAAUUAAACUAACAAUGUAUUUGACAUUGGAAUCAAAAUAAUUAACUUUCUAA